AUGGCUAACAAGGUUGAAAAUAAUUAUAAAGUGAAUCCAGAGAGGGUACGACUAGAAACAGAUCAAGGUAUUGUUGAAAAUGAAGAAAGAAAAUGGGGAAUGCCGUUGAAAGAUGUGUACAAACAUGGACUUGCUUUUUAUAAAGAUAAGGAAGGUAAAGCCAUCCAUCUAAGUUAUGAAGAUAGACUUAAACUGGUGGCCUAUACUCAACAAACGGCGCAUGGGCCAUUAGACCCAAAUUCCGCAUCUCCACUUGGAGUGCUGGAUGUUAUUGGGCGAGACAGACGAGCUGCUUGGCAAGCUUUAGGGCAGAUGUCUCAAAUUCAAGCCAUGGUGGGAUUUGUACACACUUUAGACAGAUUAUGCCCUCUGUUUAAGCCAUAUUUAGAAGCAAUACAGAAGGAUGCAGAAGAAAAAAAGCAACAAGAGUUGAAGAAAAAAGAAGAGGAACAGGCACAAUUAGAGCUUCAGAAUAGAAUUGCACUAGAAAAACAAAAACAACAGACUAAAAAGCUGACACAGGAACAGCAAGUGCAAAGAAUCAAAGAUGCUCUCAAUGCCCAAACGUAUGAGCAAUUCCUGCAGUAUGCGCAACAACAAUAUCCUGGGAAUUUUGAUCAGCAGGCAGUUCUCAUUCGCCAACUGCAAGACAAGCACUACCAACAAUACAUUCAGCAGCUUGCAGUUGACCAACGCCUCGCUAACUCCAACAUAAAGGACACCAUAGAGGAUAAGGCAAAUGAGAAUAAUACUAAUAGUGAUAUUGUUAAGGAAGAGACGGCCCCUGUCUCAGAUUAUAAUUUGAAUAAAACUGAAAUUACUAUUGUUGAUAAAAAAGAGUCUUCAGAGAAGGCAGAAAUAAAAGAGUAUCUUGAUGAAUCCAGGGAAGAACAGAAUUCAGAUGAUGAUGAUGGAUUCCCGGGUAUUGAAGAAGCUCGUAUGUGGACCCGGGCCGACAUUGCACAGUUCAAAGAGUCGGCGCGUGCGGGCGGUGGGCGCCUGACUGUCGGCCACGGUGAGACUGUGACCGUGCGGGUGCCCACCCAUCCACGUGCUAGGUGCAUCUGUUGGGAGUUUGCUACUGAUAACUACGAUAUAGGUUUUGGAUUACACUUCGAAUGGAGCAAAUCACUAACAACUGAAGUUACCGUACAUGUCUCAGAAAGUGAUGAUGAUGAAAUCGAUGAUCCCGAUGCUCCAGACUAUACCGAUGAUGGUGACACGAUCCACGAGUACACGGUCCACGGCACGCGCACGGACCUGGAGCUGGGCGGCGAGCGGCGCGCGCUGACGCUGGGCGACGCGCCGCCCGCUCCCCCCGCCCCCGCCCCCGCGCCCGCGCCCCGCCCGCCCGUCAGCCUCGUCGUGCCCGUCUACCGCCGCGACUGCCACACCGAGGUAUAUGCUGGAUCACACACGUAUCCGGGUGAAGGAGUUUACCUACUCAAAUUCGACAACACCUACAGUCUAUGGCGAUCCAAAACUCUAUAUUACAAAGUAUACUAUACGCACCAAGUCGAUGCUCAGAAAAAAAAUGACCAGCUCCAAAAUGUAAAAGAUAAGUCUCAUUUAGAACAAGCGAAUAAAAUAAAUGUCAAAUUAAAGACAUCAGAAUUAAAAAGACUAUUUGGUUUGGCGGAACCAGAAAAAUGGACUCUGGCUGGUGCUAUUGGUUUCCUGAUAAUAUCCUCAAGUGUUACUAUGGCCAUACCAUUUUCUCUGGGGAAGGUACUAGAUAUUAUAUACAGCAGCACAAGUGACUUGGCUGGUGCUAGAGAAAAACUGGAUACUCUUUGCCUUAUGUUGUGUGGAGUAUUUCUUGUAGGAGGCCUUUGUAACUUUGGCAGGGUAUAUCUGAUGUCAAUUUCUGGUCAGAGAAUGACUCAAUCUCUCCGAAAAAAAGUAUAUAAUGCCAUAUUAAGCCAAGAGGCUGCUUGGUUUGGCAAAACAUCAACUGGAGAAUUAGUUAACAGGCUUUCUGCUGAUACACAACUUGUUGGCCGAAACCUUAGCCAAAAUGUAAGUGAUGGCCUACGGUCCCUGUUCAUGGUGGGAGCUGGAACUGGAAUGAUGUUCUAUAUGUCUCCAUCUUUGGCGCUGAUCGGUCUGUGCGUAGUACCACCUGUUUCUGUGUUGGCAGUAAUAUACGGACGAUUUGUACGAGCUAUAACUAGACAAUUGCAAGAUUCACUUGCUGAAACUACAGAAUUAGCUGAAGAGAAAAUUUCCAACAUCAAGACUGUCAAAGCAUUUAGUAAGGAAAGUGCAGAAUGUCAACAAUAUAGUCAAAAGAUAGAAAAUCUGUUGAAACUAGCGUACAAAGAAUCUUUAGCUGUAGGAAGUUUCUAUGGAAUGACUGGACUAGCAGGGAACACCAUAAUAAUACUCGUCCUAUAUUAUGGCGGCGGCAUGGUUGCUACAGAACAACUAUCAGUUGGCAAUCUUACCUCUUUCUUACUCUAUGCCGCAUAUGUGGGCAUCAGUAUAGGAGGUAUGAGUAGCUUCUACACGGAGCUAAAUAAAGGAGUCGGUGCCGCUACGAGGCUUUGGGAGAUCAUUGAUAGGGAACCCGCUAUCAAAGUUUCAGGAGGCCUACGGCCAGUCACAAGACCGAAAGGCGAAAUAGUCCUUGAGAACAUUCAUUACACUUACGCAAAAUCACCAUUAAUAAAGGGUUUGAGCCUGCGACUAUUACCGGGGAAGUCUAUUGCUCUAGUCGGACGUUCAGGCUGUGGCAAGAGUACUGUCGCCGCAUUGAUCAUGAGGUUAUAUGAACCAACUAAGGGCAAGGUACUGUUAGACGGAGUUGACAUACGGGAGUUGGAUCCUGUAUGGUUGAGAAGCCAUAUAGGUUAUGUUAGUCAGGAACCUGUGCUAUUUAGUGGGUCCAUAAAAGAAAAUAUACUUUACGGUGCCGUUAAUAACUUUGAAGACGAUUUAUGCAUCGACGAUGGAAAAAACAAAGAACCAGCAUGGAUGAAAGCGGCGCGGACAGCGCAGUUAACGGAGUUAGUGGCGACUAGUAGCCUUGGCUGGGACAGACAAGUAGGAGCCAGGGGCGGACAGCUUAGUGGCGGACAGAAACAGCGAGUUGCAAUAGCCAGGGCAAUCGUUAAGAACCCGAGAAUUCUUAUACUAGACGAAGCUACCUCAGCAUUAGACACGUAUUCUGAAUAUUUAGUGGAUAAAGCUUUAAAAGAAAUAAGUAAAGACCGGACGGUUCUUACCAUAGCUCAUCGACUAAGCACCAUACAAUCAGCUGACGAGGUCGCAGUCAUGGAAAAUGGCAUUAUAAUUGAAAAGGGUCCUUACACAGAUCUCAUGGCAAAGCAGGACGGCUUCUUCCGUGAACUUAUUACACACCAAACUUUUACAAAGAAAACAAUUAAAAAAGACGUACAUAAAACUUGA